UCUUGGCGCCAACAACAUCCAACGUCAAACUCAACGUCAACCCUUCUACUUGACAUCAAAACCACGGUUUCCGAUUUUCUCCAAAACUGCCACUCCUUUACAAUCCAAUCUCACAGCAAACCGGACCUUAACAGCAUUUUCAACCAACAUGCCCAAAAGGAAAUCCACUCACGCCGAGCCUGAGCCUGAGCAGGCGACGCGUCGACGUUCUUCGCGGUUGAGCAAGGGUGUUGAGCCAAACGAGGAGGUUAUGGCGCAUGUGAAGGAAGAGAAACCUAAAGCAGCCAUUACUGGGAAGAAGGGUGGUAGGAAACAAGCUACUGUCAAGGAAGAGGGGAAAGAGGAGAAAGUAGAGGUAGAGUCACAACCACCAACCAAGCGCUCCCGCACCACCAAACCCACCCCAUCCGCUUCCCAACCCCCGGUGGCAGCCAAACCUCCCACCACCACCACAAGCCGGCAAUACUGGCUCCUAAAAGCCGAACCCCAAACCCGUCUCGAAAACGGCCACGACGUGCGCUUCUCCAUCGACGACCUCGCGUCUCGCACCUCCCCCGAACCCUGGGACGGCAUCCGUAACUACUCAGCCCGCAACAACCUGCGCUCGAUGCGUCGCGGCGACCUCGCCUUUUUUUAUCACUCCAACUGCGCCAACCCGGGGAUCGUAGGUGUCAUGGAGAUUGUCAAAGAGGCGGAGGAGGAUUGGACGGCUGUUGACCCUGGCGCUGCGUACUUUGAUGCGAAAGCCAAGAUGGCCAAGGAACAGGGGAAAGAGAAUCCGUGGAGUUUGGUGCAUGUGGAGUUUAGGGAGAAGUUUAAGAGGGAGCUGGGGUUGAAGGAGUUGAGGGAGUGGGGAGAGAGGGGGGAGCCGUUGGAGGGGAUGCAGUUGUUGAGGCAGAGUCGGUUGAGUGUGAGUCGGGUUGGUGAGGGGGAGUGGGAGUUUUUGAUGGAGAAGGCUGGGGGGAAGACGGGGAGGGGGGAUAAAGGGGAAUGAUAGGGCGAUGGGAGAGGGGAAAGAGAAGGAUGGGGAAAAAAUGAGAAGAGGGAGUGAAGUUGUUGAUACCCCUUUGGUGAUGACGCAUUUUGAGGCGUAUUGGCAUUAGGAUAGAGUUCCGGAUAACAAAAUGGAAUAACACAGUCACGAAACCAAGAGGAGCAACAAAACUG